AUCACUCAGGAGAGAUUUAUUCAAGUGGAAGGUAAUAUAGAGUUUAAGUGUUUUUCUUUCGCUCCAGUUGGGAAUUAUUGCAGCGCAAGGUAUAGAAUAUCGAGAUGUUUAGCAAAAUAUCUAAGAUUUACCUUCUUGCCUUCGUGGCUUUUGUGGUAAUUGCCGAAGGUUGCAAUGCUACGAAAAUGCUUCAGCAAACAGGAGGACCGGGAGGAGGAUCUUCUGUAGUCAGUUCAAAGCGUUCAACACAUGAAAUGUCGACACUUGAAGCAAUGGUUGCAUGCAAUGAGAGUUUCAGAACAUCGGAGGAAUUUCUGCAGGAAUUGAAUAAGACCGGCAGUUUCCCAGAGGAAGCAGACAAGACUCCCAUGUGCUUCCUCAAGUGCUACCUCGAGAAAACGGCGGUCAUUAGCGACGAGGGUGAUAUCAACGAAGAGAAGGUCCACGAGAUAUAUCCCACUCUGGCAAGUGAUGGAAUUGACGACUGCAAGAAGGAAAUGGACCACACAAAUAACGUCUGUGAGAAGGUUUACUUCCUUGUACGUUGCGUGAUGACUCGAAUGCUGGUUGAUGGAAGAAGCUCCGACAAUAAAUAGAAACGUGAAACACGUGUCAUGCAAAAGAAGAGGGUACUUUUUUAGAUCUUUGUAAAUAGAUAUCACUUGACAUUGCAUAACACUCCCUAGGACAUUUACUAACAACUUGUGUGCAAAUAAAAUGAGUCAUAAAGACGACAGUGAAAGCAUCAA